AUGGCGGCUAGUCUGCAAGGCCACCAGGUACAUCCUGAGGGCCGUACAUGGAGGACACAUUUCCCAAAAGGAGAUCUCUGGGUAUUUGGAUAUGGGAGUCUAAUCUGGAAACCACCCCCACACUAUGACCAACGAGUCCCGGGCUACAUCAGUGGAUACGUCCGACGCUUUUGGCAGCCCGAAAGGAACAUCUUAUUCAUCACAAUCUCGCUAACGCCCUUGUGCUCAUUUAGUACUGACCACCGUGGAACACCCGAACAACCGGGUCGUGUUGUUACCGUCAUUGAACGGAAGUUCUGGGAGACGCUGGAUGACCCUCUGGCAAAACUAGAAUCCGAAUCCGAAUCUACCGGUAAGGUGUGGGGCGCGGCAUACCAUAUCCCCGCCUCACAUGCUGAAGAAGUUCAUGAUUACCUUGAUGAGCGUGAGAUAGAUGGGUAUAGUGCUCAUUUCACGCCCUUUUAUCCUGUCACUGGGGAGUCUGCGUCUACUGGAGCACCUGGGGAGCAUUCCAUUUGCAUGGUUUAUAUCGGCCAGCCUACGAACCCGCAAUUCUUGCGUGAGCGUGCUCAGCGUGAGCCGCAGGAUGUGGCGCAGGUGAUCAGUGCGGGGCAUGGUCUUAGUGGCAAAAAUUCGGAGUACCUUUUCUUGUUGGAGAAGGCAUUGGAGGGAAUUGGGCUGGGCUCGGCUGAUGUUCAUGUGACGGAUUUAGUGAAGAGGGUCAAGGCCAUUGAGAUGGAAGGCGAGGGCGAGAGAGAAGAGAUGGAGGCGGAGAAGGAAGUGAAGCUUUCAUUAGCUUCCCAUGAAAAGUUGGCGAGCGGGGAUAAUAUUGAGUAG